CCGAUCAUGGCUAAAUUUCACUGGCUGUUCUUGAUCGUUUUUCUGCCCUACCAUGGGAAAGCAGCAAAGAUUUCGCCUUCUAAGAGUCGCCUGAGUCUGCAAUGGAAAACCUUCAAUUGCGCAUCGAACCCACUCCAUGUGAGCCGGCACAAAUGUAUCAUCCUGGAUAACGAUAAGUCUCUGAUUACCGUCGAAGUUGACUAUCUUCAGGCUAUAUCUCAGCUCAAUGCCACGUUCAAAUUGUUUUUGCCUCGACCACCCUUCAAGGAAUACCACAAAAUUAUCGAUCUGAAUGUCGACGUCUGUCAGUUCUCCAAAGGCCUGUAUGGCCACAAGUUUAUUGCGGUGAUCGUGAAGUCGCUUGGCAAGAAGGCGAGCUCCCAGCUGAAGUGUCCCCGUCCAAAGGUGAGCCUCGAUGCUAGCUUUUGCUGCUGA